UUGUUUGUUGCCGUCCGUGUUUUUAACUGUGAUGCACCGCAGUUUACAUUUGUUUUGUUACGACAAAAGUCUUUAAUAUUAUAUUGACGGCGUGUGCGUGUUUUAUUUGUAAAUAGAAUGACGUGUUGGAAUUAUCGACGAUGAGUUUUAGACUCAAUCUGUUAAUAUUAAGGGCUGAGACUUUAAUUGGCAUGCUGAAUUGCAUAAAGUCCUUUUAUGGGAUGAGAGAGCAUGGUUAAGCAGAGCACACACGCUACAGGUUUUUAAAGCAGACAUGACGACGAGUGCGAGUGACGGUGCUGGACGGUGUCUGAUUCCCCCUCCCCCUCCCCCUCCCCCUCCCCCACCUGCCUCCUCCGCUCUCCCAGGAAAGAAGAAGCUCUACCAGGCCAUCGCUGAAGGAAAGGCCCCGGUGGAGGGGGACUACGAGGAGCCCCGAAUCCUGCUCAGAAACAGGAUGGACAGUUUCAGCACAGACCUGCAGUGGCUCCUGUAUAAUAAAUACGUGCCCUCUCUGAUUCAAGACGGCCCUCAGUGUGGGCUGGUGGCUCUGUGGAUGGCUGGCCAGCUCCUGGCACCCCGGGACAGCAUUACCCUGGAGCAGCUGGUCAGCGUGGCCGUGCAGAGAGGCUACACUGCACAGGGGGAGAUGUUCUCAGCCUCCAACAUGGGGCUGCUGGCAGAGGAGGUGUUCCCCUGCCGAGCUCAGCUCCUCACCGGGGGGAUGGGAGGAGAGAACCGGGCUGCUAUCAUCAGACACCUCGCCACAGGCCUCCCCCUCCUCAUACCCUACGAUGAGGAUUUCAACCACCAGCCGUGUCUGAAGAGAGGGCACAGAUCGCACUGGGCAGUGGCUUCAGGUGUGCUGCUGGGCGUGCAACCCGGCUCUCUCACAGGGCAGCUCCAGGCUGAUGGGACUGUGCCAGGACUCUUUUACCCCCCCUGCCCUGGCCCCCCCCCUGCAGAGAGCAGGGAGGUGUGUCUGCUGGCUAAGCAGGGGAAGAGCCUCCGCUACCAGCUGUGGGGGUUCACCGAGGUGCAGGACAGCAACGCACAGCUAGGAGAGCUGCACCCCCAGAGAGAGAGCGACGGCACUGUCUACGUGCUGCCAGAGGGGGGCGUGCGGGCGGGGCUGUGUGGACAGGUAGUGCUGCUACAGCCUAACACAGACAGCAGCACAAACUAGAAUAGAACUGUGUACAACUAUUUCAUGCCAAAUGUGUUAGUUGGUACUUUUUAAAAGUCCCUAUAAGGGCCAUAAUUAAAAUGUAAGUUGGCACACAGAUAACCAAGAACCUUCUCCGAAUACACUGAGUGCUUUUAAUUCAAUUUUGCAAUGUUUAUAUAUUUGUAAACAAGUGCUCAAAGAUAUCUUGUUCAUUUUUGUAUUCAGGCUAAGGAAUGCUUGUUUCCAGUAAUUACUUUAGCAAUGCUCAAGUUGAGCUCACCUCUGUUACACAGGACUAUACUACUGUAUUCUUCAACCAAAGAUAUAAUGUAUUGGUUGGGGGGUUCUGUCUUCAAUGUAUUUCAAAGGAAUAAAACCAACCCAGAAAGCUUCAAUUAAAACCCUUUUUUGUUAA